GUCCACGUAUCAUCUCUCCGAGUCCGAUCGGCUACGUGAUCGGUACCGGUGUAUUUAUAGAGAGUGAGUCAAGUGCCGAACAUGCGAAGUAAACUCUUGCCAAGGACUAUACCCAUGGAACUUUCUGUGAGCUUUAAAAACUUUGCAUAGGUCCACAAUUUCGAACAUUUCACUCGCCCGUCACAAUGUUCAACCCACUGCAUCCGCCUCCUUCCCCCCCUGCUUUUGCAGGUGACCAUGUGUUACCAGAGGAGAAUGCGGCAAUUCUUUCGAGGUUAAUCUUCCAGUGGUUGGGCCCUUUUCUUACUGUCGGCUUCUCAAGGCCUCUCGAGAAAGAAGAUUUAUGGCGACUCCCCCAGAAACAUACCACCGGCUCAAUCACUGAUGAUGUAGAAGUUAACUUCUAUUCUCGAUGUCCCCCUGAACAACGGCCCGUUUCCCUUCGGCACAAAUUUUCGGAUGACACUGAAGAUGCCCAAUCCUCGAAGGAAUCACUAGAUGUUGAAAAGGCAUCGCCUGGUACCAGAAAGAAACCGAGGCGAAGAAAAUACGAUUCAUCUCUAACGAAGGCGCUUCAUCGAACAUUUCUUGUUCGAUUUUGGUCAGCCGGUGUAUGCAAACUAGCGGGAGACACGUUGAAGACAGCUACACCUCUAGUGACAAAACUCUUACUUACCUGGCUGACUACAUCGUAUGAAUACUAUCGUCUGACGGACGAACAGAAGGCAUCGGGAGUAAUGGAACGUCCGAAAGGAAUCGGUUAUGGAAUCGGACUUGGCUUUGCGAUUUUUGUGAUGCAAGAAGCUGCCAGUCUUUUUACGAAUCACUAUAUGCAGCUGAGUAUGACAACGGGUUUGCUAUUAAGGACCGGAAUCAUCGGGAGUAUCUUUCGAAAAUCCUUAAGACUUUCCGGACGAGCCCGGCUCGAGCAUAGUGUUGGGAAGAUUACAACCAUGAUUUCUGCAGAUGCAAGUCGUCUUGACCGGCUCUGCAUGUAUAUUCACAAUGCAUGGGUGGCUCCAAUCCAGAUUGCGAUUGUUAUUGGGCUCCUCAUCAAUAACCUUGGGUAUUCUGCCUUGGUUGGCCUUGGCGUUCUCAUUCUCAGUUUUCCUAUGCAAGUAUUCAUUGGCCGUGUCAUGUUUGACCUUCGAAAGAAGGGCGUGAAGAUCACCGAUGUUCGUGUACGGGGCACGACAGAGGUUCUUCAAGGCAUCCGACUGAUAAAGUUCUACGCGUGGGAGGCUUUCUACUCGUUCCAAAUCGGUAAACUCCGCCAGAAAGAAAUUGGUAUCCUCAGACAAGCGGCGUUUGCACGGGCAGGGCUUAUUGCCAUCGUCACGUUUAUACCUGUUCUUUCAUCGGUCCUAUCGUUUAUCACUUAUGGGCUUACUGGACAUGAUCUUAACAUUGCCAUAAUCUUCAGCUCUCUGCAAUUCUUUAACAUCAUUCGAACUCCUCUCAUGUUCCUACCUCUGAUUGCCACCGCCAUAUCGGAUGCCUUAGUAGCGUUGGGCCGUAUCUCCAAGUUUCUGACCGCCGAGGAACUUUCCAACCAAUACAUCGUCGAUGAAGAGAGUAAACAUGCCGUGGAAGUUGACGGGACCUUCACUUGGGAAAGUAUAGAGCAGCCCGAAAGCGUCAAGCGUACACCUCCUCACAGCGGGAAACCCGGGAAGAAAGAUAAACAGAAACCUGACAAUGUGUUAUCCCUCUCGAAGGCGGAGGUUGAUGACGCUUCUUCGUAUACGGCAGCUGACCAGCCGUUUGAACUCCAAGAACUUCAGAUGACCGUACCUAAAGGAAGUUUUGUCGCUAUCGUUGGCCGCGUAGGGUCCGGAAAGAGCUCGAUUUUGCAAGCCUUGAUCGGUGAGAUGCGGCGGGUCAAAGGCGAAGUCAUUUUUGGUGGUUCAGUUGCCUACGCGCCUCAGACUGCUUGGAUAAAGAAUGCUACCUUGCGUGAGAACAUCUUGUUUGGCCAAGACCUCGACGAAGACAGAUUCCAGGAAGUUAUUAACGCAUGUAGUUUGGAACGUGACCUCGCAAUGCUUCCCCAAGGGGAAGAAACGGAAAUCGGCGAGAAAGGAAUCAAUUUGAGUGGCGGCCAGAAAGCCCGUGUAUCCUUGGCUCGCGUUGCAUACUCCCCUUCAGAUAUAGUCCUUCUUGAUGAUCCGCUAUCAGCUGUAGACGCCUACGUCGGCAAAGCUAUCCUGGAUAAUUGUCUGCUCAAGGGUCCACUCGCUUCGAAAACGAGGAUUCUCGUCACUCAUGCCUUGCACGUUCUAGAUAAAGUGGACUACAUCUACGUCGUCGACGAAGGCAUGAUUAAAGAACAGGGAACAUUCGCGGACCUUAUGGACAGUAGCGUCAUAUUUUCCCGUAUCAUGGAGGAGUACGGUACGACGGAGAUCGAGGAGGAUACGACAGAGCCUGAGGAAAUCGACGUCAUCGACAUCAAGGCAAAGAAAGCAAACACGCUGAAAGAUAAGAAGGGAGUUCUCAUGCAGACAGAAGAGAGAUACACUGGCUCUGUUUCUUGGACAACGUAUCGAGACUACCUGCGCUUUGCUGGAGGCAUUAUCUGGGCCCCGAUUCUACUGUCCCUGCUAGUCUUGAAUCAGUGUUCCCAAGUUGCAAACAACCUCUUUUUGGGUUUCUGGACAGGAGAAAGUAUUCACGGAUUCACCCAGGGACAGUAUAUGGCUGUCUACGCCGGUCUCGGUGUUUCCCAAGCAGUCUUUACUUUCUUGGUGACAGCAGGUUUUGCCAUGGCUGCGCUAAUUGCCAGCUUAUCUUUGUUCAAAACUGCUUUGACAAGAGUCCUGAGGUCUCCGGUCUCUUUCUUCGACACGACUCCUAUUGGUCGGAUAUUAUCAAGACUUUCGAAGGACCAAGACACUUUAGACAAUGAACUGGCCACAAUUCUCGCCCAGUUUCUUAACACGUUUAGUUCUGUCAUUGGAACUAUCGCCCUCGUCUUCUACACAUUUCCGCUGCUUGGGAUCAUUUUUGGUCCUAUGAUCGUUCUGUACUACUUGGUGUCGAUGUAUUACCGGAGAACAUCUGUAGAGACCAAACGACUCGACUCACUCAUGCGUUCAGCUUUGUACAGUUCUUACUCAGAAACAUUGACCGGUCUUGCGACGAUCCGAGCGUUCCGUGAACAGGACCGUUCCGUAAGGAGCGCUGAAUCCGGUCUCGAUUUGGAGAACAGGGCUUAUUACAUGACAAUUUCCAUCCAACGAUGGCUCAGUAUCCGACUGGAUAUUUUCGGAAACAUUCUCAUCCUCGGGAUAGCCCUUUUCGCCGCUGGCUAUAGGAACACAGUCAGCCCAUCCAAGAUCGGGGUCGUCUUGACCUACACCCUGAACAUCACACAAAUUUUCUCUGACAUGGUGGCUCAAUUCGCACAGAAUGAGCAGAACAUGAACGCCGUUGAGCGUGUGCUAGUGUAUACCGAGUUACCAUCGGAAGGGAAUGACAUUUCACCCGACAAGCCUUCCGCUGAAUGGCCUGAGAAAGGCACUAUCAGUUUUGAAGAUGUCGAUCUAGCCUAUAGGGAAGGGUUACCACUCGUACUGCGCAGUGUCAGCUUCAAAAUUAAUCCUGGAGAGAAGGUGGGAAUUGUAGGCAGGACUGGAGCAGGCAAGAGUUCCCUGCUACAGGCACUCUUUCGAAUUGUCGAACUUCAAGGAGGAAGGAUAGAGAUAGACAGCCACGACAUCAGCAAAAUAGAACUCGACACUCUUCGAGGCCGCCUGGCACUUGUACCUCAAGAUACUACCAUGUUCCUGGGAACCUUGCGGGAUAAUCUUGAUCCUCAGGGCUCAAGAACGGACGCUGAGCUUAUUUCGGUUCUCCAACGCGCGUGGCUUCUCCCGCCAGAUGGCGUCAAGGAUCCAGCCGCUGAGGCUAAAUUCAGCUUGGAUGCGACUGUAGGAGAUGAAGGGUCGAAUUUUAGCGCGGGUGAGAAACAAUUGCUGGCUCUUGGCCGUGCACUGGUCAAAAACAGUCGAAUCAUCAUACUAGACGAAGCAACGAGUAGCGUGGAUGUCGAAACAGAUGCAAAGUUACAGAGGACGAUCCAGACCGAGUUUUCUUCCUCGACGGUGCUUUGUAUAGCCCAUAGACUGAAUACAAUAGCUUACUACGACCGUAUCAUGGUGAUGGAUGCCGGAGAAGUUGCAGAGUUCGACACGGUCAUGAACCUGUUCGACAAGGAGGACUCCAUCUUUAGGUCGCUAUGUAAUGAAGCAAACCUGCAACGGUCGGACAUUGAGCGCAUUCGGAUAGAUCACGGAAAGGCCGUCAUAUAA